AUGUUCUCAAGGACAUUACCGCCCAAACGCGCUGGGUGUCCGCUUCAAAAGGUUCGCAGCAUGGAUGACUCGAACCAAAGUGUUACCCAAUACAGCGAUAGCUCGCUAAGUAGCCUGUCCUCAUCGCUGUAUUCCCGUUUCAAAGCGACCAGCAACAUAGACGACUUGAACAACUGCAUAACUCUGCAACGCGAUGCACUUGCGCUCCGCCAGCCUGGCCAUCGGAAUAGACUGUCGUCAUUGAGCAAGUUGUCGUUAGCCCUCUAUACUCGAUUCCAGACGUUACACGAUCUAGAGGACCUGCAGGAGUGCAUCACGCAUCAGCGUGAAAUCUUGCGUUUCUGUUCCACGGCCACCCUCUCCAUGCAAGUAUCAGCGCUGAACAAACUAUCGAAAGCUUUGUACGAGCUAUUCGAGGCUCGUGGAGAUCUGCAAGACCUGGAGAGCUCCACUACGCAUAGCAGCCAGUCGCGCUCUCUCGUUGAGCCAGGCGACCCAGCUUGGUGGGCGUCCACAAGGUGUCUGUCGAUCGCCCUCCGUGCGCGAUAUCAGCGUUUAGGGCGGUCUGAGGAUCUGGACAAAUCUGUCAGCUUGCAGCGCGAGCUGCUCGCGUUAUGUCCCCAUAAACACCCCGACGAACUCCAUACCCUCAACGACCUCGCGAUCUUGCUUGAGGCUCGCUUUCGUGCGACCGGUCGUAUGGAAGACCUUGAAGAAUCCAUCAAGCACUCGUCCACGGCAUUGAAGCUGGUCCCUAUUGCCGCUGUUGGUAGCCGUCUACCGCAUCUCAGGAGCCUAUCCUACGCUCUGCUUACACGAUACCACCACGGCAGGAGCGAGGAAGAUCUAAAACGCUGUAUCGAAUUGCAGGAAGAAGCUCUGGAACUGUCCAAUUUUAACUCCGCUACACGCUCCGUUCACUUGAGUGACCUCGCAUUGGGUUGUCAUGCUCUUUCUUCGCAUUUACAAGAACCAGAUCCGUUCCCGCUGCUAACAAAGUGUAUCGAUCUCCAUGAAGAGGCGCUAUCCCUUCGUGCACAAGGCUCCCCCACCCGUCAUACCUCCUUAAUCAACCUUUCAUCCGCUUUACACACACGUUUCCUGCGCAAUGGGGACAAGACAGACGCAGACCGAUGCAUCUCUCUUCAAAUUGAAGCACUUGACCUCUGCUCCGUCGGCCAUCUAGAUCGUACCAAAGUUCUCAACAACCUCGCCGCCAUCAGCUAUGCGCGUUCCCAGAUCUCACAGACGCAACAAGACCUGAUCUCAUGCAUCUCGUACCUGCGCCAGGCACUCGGAGAGUGUCGGGUCGGCCACCCUGAUCGAUUGCCGUGCUCGAGGCUACUUGCUAUUGCCCUCAUCGCCCAUAUCCGAACUGCCGCUGACGAAGUCGCAGCUAAUGCCGGCCAGUACUUGAGCGAGGCCAUGGAUCUCCUUCGCAGGGUUUGUACGUCUGCGGAUGGUCAGCUCUCCCUCCUGCAUCGGCUGAAGACCGCCACUUUCUGGGCGGACGCGGCGUAUACUAGUGCCCAUCCAUAUGCACUAGAGGCGUACCGUACGUCUCUUCAGCUCGCCGAAUGCGCAUUCGUUGCAUAUCCCAUAUGUGAGGUGCGACAUGACUACGUCCUGAAGGAGACGCAAUCGGUGGCGACGGAUGCAGCGUCGUGCGCUAUUGAGAACAAGGACCUGACUAUCGCCGUGGAGAUGCUUGAGCAGGGCCGUGCGCUUCUCUGGUCUCAUUUGCGCAAGCUCAGACCACCUCUGCAUAUGAUCGAGUCCAUUGAUCCUCAUCUGCGCGACGACCUGCUACGAGUUACCCAAGCGCUCCAGGUAUUCGCUUUAUCGUUCGAUGCAAGCACUCAAGAUGAUGACUCUCCGAGAACACCUGGCUCUGCCAUGCUAAUAGACGACGUCGGAGCGCGCUUCAAAGAACAUCGGAAGCUCGUCACAGAGCUUGACACCAUAAUAUCGACCCUCCGCAAGGUACCAGGCAUGGAGCGUUUCUUCCUGGUACCGUCCUAUGACAUGCUCAGGGACGUGACAUCAGAAGGACCGGUCAUCAUCGUCAAUCACAGCAAACAUCAUUCCGACGCACUCAUCCUUCUCCAUGGUGGUUCUCCAACGCGCGUACCGCUUGACCGCGGCUUUUAUCAGAAGGUUCUGGAGAUGACCGAAAGGUUAUGCCAGGCUCAAACGUACCUCGGAAAAAAGCCAAAAAAAUACGAGAAAGAGCUGCGCGAAAUUCUGGCGGACGUGUGGCUCCUGCUUGGUCGUCCUGUUAGGGACGCACUAGUCUCGCUUGGGGUGGAUAAAGGCUCCCGGGUCUGGUGGUGCCCGACUUCUGCCGUUUCGGCCUUACCCCUCCACGCUGCAGGUCCAGAGACAAUCGCCUCAGAGCAAGGGGAAGCGAAACGACGCAAGAGAUACUAUUUCCAGGACUUUUACGUUUCAUCAUACACCCCCACGCUCAGCGCCUUGCUGGAGGCCAGGAAGUACGCGUCAGUUGGGCAAGCAGCAGCCGGGCGAGCGACCCAGCGAAAUCCACCUGACAAGCCGUCUCUACUUGUGAUAGCGCACUCUGGGGGCAACUUGGAACAGGUCCCCAAGGAGGUGGCCAUCAUGCGCGCUAUCCACCGCCGGUUCAAGCGUACGAAGUUUCUGCAAGGUCGGGAUGCGAAGCGUGAGUCGGUGAUGCGCGAGCUACGGGAGCAUCCGUGGGUCCAUAUCGCCUGCCACGGCAGCUUAACACCUGGCGAACCUUUCAAGUCUGCCUUCCGACUGUCAGAGGACGAUCGUCUCACCUUGGCUGAUAUCAUGGGGAGCCGCAUCCCGAACGCCGAAUUUGCCUUCCUGUCCGCGUGUCACACCGCAGAGCAGACGCAAGGGUCAGCGUCCGAAGAGGUGCUCCAGCUUGCUGCAGCCGUGCAGUUUUGCGGUUACAGGAGCGUCAUCGGUACGAUGUGGGCGAUGCAAGACCUCGAUGGGCCGAGCUUGGUUGCCAACGUCUACGAGAGCAUGUUCGCCGAAGCAGGAUACCCUGAUGAGAUGGGCUUCAAAAGGGCUGCGCGUGCGUUGCAUUCGGCGACGAGGCAGAUGAGGAAAGAUGGUGCUAUGCUGGAGCAGUGGGUUAAUUUCGUACAUAUUGGCGCUUAAUUUAUCUUCCAUAGGGCGUGGCACCAGGAAUGUAAAUUCGGAAUAGUGCUAAAAGACGUUGCAUACAUCACAGGCAUGCGGAUACUACAAGGGAGUGAUUGGGGGCCUCCUUCGACGACGGACACUUGCGUGAAGUCCACUGGAGAGAAAUCGCCAUACCGGCCGGACGCCUGGAAGUUCUCCCCGGCCCAACAUGCUCGACCCACCUCCAGACAUCAUCCCACCUCUGCUCGACAUACGCGAGCUCGACCUGUAUCUCGUUCCAGGGAAUCUGCUGAAGCCAGUGGCGUUGUCGAAGGCGCCAGCCCCCGUAAACGUGAGAUAUAUCCAGGUAGGUUUAUUCAGAAGCCCGCCUCCUGCCUCAUGGCCUCACGCAUCGCCCGCCGACCCUCAGGGGAGCUGAUGUCGGCAGACCCAGUCAGGUACUGGGUCACUGGCGCCGCACGUCCGCUGGCGGUGCCAGACGUGCGGAACUGCAUCCCGACUGCAGGCAUGGGGUGUGGAGCGGCUAUUGAAGUCAGCUGCUGGAAUGACGAAAAGGUCUGCCCUUGAGAGCCAGUCAUGUCGGUGACGCGAAAAUCCGGAACGUUGUUGGCCUGUCCGCCGCCGGUGCCGCGGACUCGGGUGUCGCCAGAGUCGAGGUUGCGCUGGCCAGCGGACGGACCCGCGGCACGUAAGUGGGGACCAUCGGAAGGCAUCUCAUGCUGCUGCGGUGGCGACAUCGAGUACAUCAAAGUGCCGUAAAACGGGUAGGAGCCAUUCUGGGGAGGUGUAGUGUCCUGAUGGUUGGCCGCCGAGGAUGCAGGACGGCUUCCUGUGGAGGACAUGGGACACUUGAUACCAGUCAAGGGAGGCGAACGAAGGCCGUUCAUAUUGAAAGUGUAGCUCGCGAGAUGAGGCGAUUGUGGGAACCACGGACCCAUGUAUAAAUCAUAUCCUGGUCGAGCCAGGUCGCAAUUUCUGUCAUUUUGCGUUGAUUUGAACUUCGAAGUAGGAGACGAUGAUGAGGAGCUGACAGUAGUAGCUGCCGUCGCCGUUCGCGCUUGAAGCUCAAACAGUAAGUCGCCCCUCGAGUUGAAGACAGGCUGAGCUAGGUUGUACGUGCCCAUACCCGGGUAGCACGAGUACCACGCCUGCUCGAAAGUCUUGAACUCCUCCAUUGCUUCGGUCAAGUCGACACUGGAGGGAAUUACGCUCCUGAGUAAUGCUUCGGGAUUGAGAGCUAAAGAAGAGCACGUCUCGCCCUCCGUUUUUGACCUGGUGAAUUGCGUCUGGUUGCGCACUGAGCUGGCCUUUAGACCAUUGGCCUCCGAAUGGACAGCGAUGGAAGCCUGCCAGAUGGCGACCGAUGAUGAACUGUGAACGGGUUCUGUCACUGUUGGUCAUCUUAAACAUUAAAGCGCACAUACUGCCAGGCCGAGGAAGUGUUCACGAAGACCUCGAUGCUGACGGUGCCGCCCAGUUUGAUCUCCAUCGUACCGGUGAGAACUUCCAGGUAGUUUUGAGUAAUGCCUACACGGUGAAAUCA